AUGGCUCACCACCAAAUGCCCAACAUGUUCCGGAAUUUUUUUGCUUCUGCGGUGCUGCUUCUCUUAUUUGUGCUGAUAUGCUGCGGCACCUGUGAAGCCACGAGGGGUACGCCAACUGGGUCGGGGAAUGAAAGUGGAGUUGGCAGCUUCAUGAGCGAGGGCUCGUCCAAGGAACGAAGUGAAGGUGGCAGCUCCAUGAGCGAGGGUUCGUCCCAGGAACGAAGUGGAGUUGGCAGCUUCAUGAGCGAGGGUUCGUCCAAGGAACGAAGUGGAGUUGGCAGCUUCAUGAGCGAGGGUUCUUCUCAGGAACGAAGUGGAGUUGGCAGCUUCAUGAGCGAGGGUUCGUCCCAGGAACGAAGUGAAGGUGGCAGCUUCAUGAGCGAGGGCUCGUCCAAGGAACGAAGUGAGGGUGGCAGCUUCAUGAGCGAGGGUUCGUCUCAGGAACGAAGUGGAGUUGGCAGCUUCAUGAGCGAGGGCUCGUCCAAGGAACGAAGUGAAGGUGGCAGCUUCAUGAGCGAGGGCUCGUCCAAGGAACGAAGUGAAGGUGGCAGCUCCAUGAGCGAGGGUUCUUCUCAGGAACGAAGUGAAGGUGGCAGCUCCAUGAGCGAGGGUUCAUCUCAGGAACGAAGUGGAGUUGACAGCUCCAUGAGCGAGGGUUCGUCUCAGGAACGAAGUGGAGUUGGCAGCUUCAUGAGCGAGGGUUCGUCUCAGGAACGAAGUGGAGUUGACAGCUCCAUGAGCGAGGGUUCGUCUCAGGAACGAAGUGGAGUUGGCAGCUUCAUGAGCGAGGGUUCGUCUCAGGAACGAAGUGGAGUUGGCAGCUUCAUGAGCGAGGGUUCGUCUCAGGAACGAAGUGGAGUUGACAGCUUCAUGAGCGAGGGUUCGUCUCAGGAACGAAGUGAAGGUGGCAGCUUCAUGAGCGAGGGCUCGUCCAAGGAACGAAGUGGAGUUGGCAGCUUCAUGAGCGAGGGUUCGUCUCAGGAAGGAAGUGGAGUUGACAGCUCCAUGAGCGAGGGUUCGUCUCAGGAACGAAGUGGAGUUGGCAGCUCCAUGAGCGAGGGCUCGUCCAAAGAACGAAGUGGAGUUGGCAGCUUCAUGAGCGAGGGUUCGUCCAAGGAACGAAGUGGAGUUGGCAGCUUCAUGAGCGAGGGUUCGUCCCAGGAACGAAGUGGAGUUGGCAGCUUCAUGAGCGAGGGUUCGUCCCAGGAACGAAGUGGAGUUGGCAGCUUCAUGAGCGAGGGUUCGUCCAAGGAACGAAGUGGAGUUGGCAGCUUCAUGAGCGAGGGUUCGUCCAAGGAACGAAGUGGAGUUGGCAGCUUCAUGAGCGAGGGUUCGUCCCAGGAACGAAGUGGAGUUGGCAGCUUCAUGAGCGAGGGUUCGUCCCAGGAACGAAGUGGAGUUGGCAGCUUCAUGAGCGAGGGCUCGUCCCAGGAACGAAGUGGAGUUGGCAGCUUCAUGAGCGAGGGCUCGUCCAAGGAACGAAGUGGAGUUGGCAGCUUCAUGAGCGAGGGCUCGUCCCAGGAACGAAGUGGAGUUGGCAGCUUCAUGAGCGAGGGUUCGUCCCAGGAACGAAGUGGAGUUGGCAGCUUCAUGAGCGAGGGUUCGUCCCAGGAACGAAGUGGAGGUGGCAGCUUCAUGAGCGAGGGUUCGUCCCAGGAACGAAGUGGAGUUGGCAGCUUCAUGAACGAGGGCUCGUCUCAGGAACGAAGUGAAGGUGGCAGCUCCAUGAGCGAGGGUUCGUCCAAGGAACGAAGUGGAGUUGGCAGCUUCAUGAGCGAGGGUUCGUCCCAGGAACGAAGUGGAGGUGGCAGCUUCAUGAGCGAGGGCUCGUCCCAGGAACGAAGUGGAGUUGGCAGUUUCAUGAGCGAGGGUUCGUCUCAGGAACGAAGUGAAGGUGGCAGCUCCAUGAGCGAGGGUUCGUCCAAGGAACGAAGUGGAGUUGGCAGCUUCAUGAGCGAGGGUUCGUCCCAGGAACGAAGUGGAGGUGGCAGCUUCAUGAGCGAGGGUUCGUCCCAGGAACGAAGUGGAGGUGGCAGCUUCAUGAGCGAGGGUUCGUCCAAGGAACGAAGUGGAGUUGGCAACUUCAUGAGCGAGGGUUCGUCCAAGGAACGAAGUGGAGUUGGCAGCUCCAUGAGCGAGGGUUCGUCUCAGGAACGAAGUGGAGUUGGCAGCUUCAUGAGCGAGGGCUCGUCCAAGGAACGAAGUGGAGUUGGCAGCUUCAUGAGCGAGGGCUCGUCCCAGGAACGAAGUGGAGUUGGCAGCUUCAUGAGCGAGGGUUCGUCCCAGGAACGAAGUGGAGUUGGCAGCUUCAUGAGCGAGGGUUCGUCCAAGGAACGAAGUGGAGUUGGCAGCUUCAUGAGCGAGGGUUCGUCCCAGGAACGAAGUGGAGGUGGCAGCUUCAUGAGCGAGGGUUCGUCCCAGGAACGAAGUGGAGUUGGCAGCUUCAUGAGCGAGGGCUCGUCCAAGGAACGAAGUGGAGUUGACAGCUUCAUGAGCGAGGGUUCGUCCCAGGAACGAAGUGGAGUUGGCAGCUCCAUGAGCGAGGGUUCGUCUCAGGAACGAAGUGGAGUUGGCAGCUUCAUGAGCGAGGGUUCGUCCAAGGAACGAAGUGGAGUUGGCAGCUUCAUGAGCGAGGGUUCUUCUCAGGAAAAAAGUGAAGGUGGCAGCUCCAUGAGCGAGGGUUCGUCAAAGGAACGAAGUGGAGUUGGCAGCUCCAUGAGCGAGGGUUCUUCUCAGGAAAAAAGUGAAGGUGGCAGCUCCAUGAGCGAGGGUUCGUCUCAGGAACGAAGUGGAGUUGGCAGCUUCAUGAGCGAGGGCUCGUCCAAGGAACGAAGUGGAGUUGGCAGCUCCAUGAGCGAGGGUUCGUCCCAGGAACGAAGUGGAGUUGGCAGCUUCAUGAGCGAGGGUUCGUCCAAGGAACGAAGUGGAGUUGGCAGCUUCAUGAGCGAGGGUUCCUCCAAGGAACGAAGUGGAGGUGGCAGCUUCAUGAGCGAGGGCUCGUCCAAGGAACGAAGUGGAGUUGGCAGCUCCAUGAGCGAGGGUUCGUCCCAGGAACAAAGUGAAGGUGGCGGCUGUAGGCAUAAAGGUGUGUCGCUUGUCAUUCUACUUCUUCUGGGAAUUUGGACUUUUGCGGUAGUUUAUUGA